CACCGAGUAUAAAAAGCGUGACGAUAAUUUUAUAAUCACAGUUACACAUCGUCUGCUAACUUUGACACACAUCAUGAAAUCCUUUGUUGCAAUCCUAGCCCUCGUGGCCGUCGCCGCUGCUGAUGUUUCCCACCUCACCAGGGAAGCUGCUGCGGAAAUUGUCCAACAGAACGCUGAUGUCUUCCCCGACCAAUACCAAUACUCUUUCCAAACCAGCAAUGGAAUUAAUGCCCAAGAGAGCGGUAUUGUGAAGAACCCUGGUCGCGAAGACGAGGCUCUUGAAGUCCAGGGCUCAAACUCCUACACUGGUAGUGAUGGACAAGUUUACUCUCUGAAAUACGUCGCCAACGAGAACGGAUACCAACCCGAGGGAAGCCAUUUACCCGUCGCCCACCCAAUCCCAGACUACAUCCUUAGGUCGAUUGAAUACAAUGCAGCACACGCAAAGCUUGAAGCCACCAGGAACUAAUUUUAAUACUUAGAAUAUUACAAAUUCACUGCCAUAUAUUUGUUAACUCUAGUCGCGUAUCUUGUGAUGGAGCAAUAAAGUUCUUAUCCUUAAA